CCCCGUUGGGCUCUGUCAACAGCCUGCGGUUGAAUAGCCGCAAGAGCGUCCUCUGACACCAUGGCGCCUCGAGUCAAUAUCCCUCCAGCGACCCGCAUCUGUCUUAUCAGCCUUCUCACCCUCUCCUUGCUGUAUAAUAUCGCCCGAUGGCGGCAACUUGACACCACGCCCGGCGCACCCGCCAUCACCCCGAUUAUACCCUAUUUGACACUCGUUCCUUCACAAUUUCUUUUCUAUCCGUGGACCCUCCUUACUGCGACAUUUGUGGAGCAGAACAUCUUCACCGUGCUUCUGAACGCGGCCACUCUCUUUUAUGGCGGAAAAUACCUGGAGCGCGCAUGGGGAUCCCGGGAGUUUGCGAAGUUUAUCCUAGCCAUCGCCGUCAUCCCGAACGUGGUGAUUGUUCCGCUCUAUAUUCUAGGAGCUGCCCUCAGGAGCGGCUCCAGCAGCGGCCUCACGCAGAUAUGCGGCGGUAUCUCGAUUCAAGCAUCCUUCCUGGUCGCUUUCAAACAACUUGUCCCUGAGCAUACGGUGACUAUCUUCAAAGGCUUGGUCAAAAUGCGGGUGAAGCACUUUCCCGCUCUGUUUUUGUUCCUGAACACGAUCAGCGGGGUUGUCUUUGGCACGCAUGUCGCAGCGAUUCUUGCCUGGCUCGGCCUCUUGACCAGUUGGACCUACCUUCGCUUCUAUAAACGCCAGCCUGAUCUUACCGGCACAUCGACCGAUGGGCUAGGCAUCAAGGGUGAUGCCAGCGAGACUUUUGCGUUUGCAUGCCUCUUCCCGGACGUGCUUCAGCCACCAAUCGCCUUUCUAUCCGAUCAAGUUUAUGCUCUGCUGGUCGCCGUCAGGAUCUGUACACCCUUCUCCGAGGAAGACAUUGCCUCGGGUAACCAGCAGGUUCUGGCACGCGGCGAGGCAGGUCUUCCCAGUCUUCUUUCCAACCAUCGCAACGGACGGGCCAUGGCGAAGCGGGAAGAAGCGGAGCGCAGACGUGCUUUAGCACUCAAGGCUCUCGACCAGAGGCUUCAAGCAGCAGCAGCAGCAGGAAGGGUGCAGCCAGCGACGUCUGCAGCGAAUCAGCAAGGAUCCAGCCAUACUCAGACUCCGACACCCACAGUCUCAGCGGGCCAGAGUAUGUUGGGAGAAACCAGCUAUACCCCCGACCAUGCGUGAAGCUGCAGCAACUCUACAAAGCAUGGUUUCAUGGAGUUUGGUCGGUUGUUUGGGAUAGAAUGCAAAGGAACAAUGCAACGUAAAGUGUUUCUGCUGUUCAGCCUUGUCAUAUACCAACCUUGGAUUUUCUUUUGCAAGGAAGUGAGGUCUUCCCAACAAGUGCAAUUGUGUGACAUGGGGCGGGGCUUGUUGGCCUUCACUGUACAAAAUGUCUUCUACCUUUUUUCCUUUCCACAAUGAUGAAUGAACAUGAUCACAUACAUAUACACUAGUGCAGAGCCUGUGAAGGGAAAAUAGUAGACCGCCACACUACAUAACAUCCUUAACAAUACCAUAUACCCA